GCCUCUUUGCUUGGUCUUCCCAGUGGAUGCAGAAUGCCCAGUCCAGGGCCUUGUCCUCCUGCCUGCCCCAUCCUGCUUCCCACACCCUUUCCCUGGUCUCCCGUUGCUCGGGUGGCGGAGGUCUUCUGGCUGACUGCAGUCUUCACUCGUCUACAGGAUGAAGCCAACGCACACCAUCGUCAACUGCUGGUUCUGCAACCAGGACACGGUGGUGCCCUACGGGAACCGCAACUGCUGGGACUGCCCCCACUGCGAGCAGUACAACGGCUUCCAGGAGAACGGCGACUACAACAAGCCGAUCCCUGCCCAGUACAUGGAGCACCUGAACCACGUGGUGAGCAGCGCGCCCAGCCCCCGUACCCCCCCGCAGCCCCAGCAGUGGGUGAGCAGCCAGGUGCUGCUGUGUAGGAGGUGCAGCCACCACCAGACCACCAAGAUCAAGCAGCUGGCCGCGUUCGCACCGCGGGAUGAGGGCAGGUACGAUGAGGAGAUCGAGGUGUAUCGGCACCACCUGGAGCAGAUGUACAAGCUGUGCCGGCCGUGCCAGGCCGCCGUCGAGUACUACAUCAAGCACCAGAACCGCCAGCUGCGCGCCCUGCUGCUCAGCCACCAGUUCCAGCGCCGGGAGGCCGACCAGACCCACACGCAGAGCUUUUGCUCGGCUGUGGUGAAGGCCCCGGUCCAAGUCAUCGUGCUGCGUGCCCUCGCCUUCCUGGCCUGCACCUUCCUUCUGACCACUGCACUGUAUGGCACAAGCAACCCCUUUGCCCCGGAGGCCACCCUGCCGCCAGCCCUGCCACCUGGUGGCAAUGGCUCAGCCACACCUGACAACGGCACCACCCCUGGGGCUGAGGGCUGGCGGCAGUUGCUGGGCCUGCUGCCAGAGCACGCGGCAGAGAAGCUGCACGAGGCCUGGGCCUUCGGGCAGAGCCACCAGAUGGGCGUCGUGGCGUUGGGCCUGCUCACCUGCCUGCUGGCCAUGCUGCUGGCCGGCCGCAUCAGGCUCCGGAGGAUCGACGCCUUCGCCACCUGCCUGUGGGCCCUGCUGCUGGGGCUGCACCUGGCUGAGCAGUACCUGCAGGCUACCUCACCCAGCUGGCUGGACACGCUCAAGUUCAGCACCACGUCCCUGUGCUGCCUGGUGGGCUUCACGGCAGCCGUGGCCACGAGGAAGGCGACGGGCCCACGGAGGUUCCGGCCCCGAAGGUACUUCCUCGGAGACUCCGCCAGCCUUUUCCCCACUAGCCCCAGCCUGGCCAUCCCCUGCCCGAGUAUCGCAGGCUCUUCGCCAUCUCUGUUCAUCCCCACCCCGCCCGGCUUCUUGCCACUCGCCAACCAGCACCUGUUCCGGUCUCCCCGCCGGGCCUCACCCUCCUCACUGCCAGGCCGCCUCAGCCGGGCCCUCUCACUGGGAACCAUACCCUCUCUGACUCGAGCAGACUCAGGGUAUCUGUUCAGUGGGAGCCGCCCACCAUCUCAGGUGUCUCGAUCUGGGGAGGUUCCUGUUUCAGAUUACUUCUCUCUGCUGUCCGGCAGCUGCCCCUCCUCCCCGCUCCCUUCCCCCGCGCCCUCCGUGGCCGGCUCGGUGGCCUCCAGUGCUGGCUCUCUGCGCCACCGCAGACCUCUCAUCAGCCCUGCCCGGCUCAACCUGAAGGGGCAGAAGCUGCUGCUGUUCCCGUCGCCCCCCGGGGAAGCCCCCAACACCCCCAGCAGCUCUGAGGAACACUCGCCCCACAACGGCAGCCUCUUCACCCUCGAGCCGCCCCAGAGGCAGCCAGCGCGGGACAGGAAGCACACUGUGGACAUGAGGUCAAUGCCAGAACGAGGCAGCCCCUGCAGCACCCACUCCAUCAAGAAAGAGGACGACUCGUCCCAGUCAUCCACCUGUGUGGUGGACACCACCACCAGAGGGUGUGCGGAGGAGGCCGCUGCCUGGAGAGGUCUUUUCGGCCCCACCCUGGUCCGGGGUCUCCUGGCUGUGAGCUUGGCUGCCAAUGCCCUCUUCACCUCGGCCUACCUGUACCAGAGCCUGCGCUGACCCGCUGCCCGGAGAGUCUUGGAGGGCACGCCCAGGGGCAUGCUGCUUCCACCACUGCCGGCCUCAAAGCCCUCCCCGAGGGCUGCCGCCCCUGCCCUCUUCCCCAGGGCCCCUGACCUCGCUGGAUUGAGUCCCAUCCUCGGGCCG